GCCAGCGUCGGCAGUCAUCAUUGAGUAUAACCUAGUCGUCAACUGCACGCGAUACACGUUUGCUCCAAUUGGAUUUCGUCAUCGUAAUUAAUUUGUUAUGUGUACCGAUGAUAUUCCGAUUUUUGGAUAAUUUUUUUCGCUCAUUUUUGUUCUCAGAAAAUUGGAAAAUUCUUGGGAACAAAAUUUUCGUGGAUUUUGCCAGUUUAUUUGGGAUUAAAUUUUGAGUUUAUAAUGGCCACUGUUGAAUCACUGGCUGAGAUUAAUGACGUGGUGCAGAUACUGCGACAAUGGGAGGAGGAUCACACAUCGCCGAGUUACGACCCCAUUCCUACACUCCAGAGAUUAGCUGAGAUCAUAGAACUGGAGACUGAGAACUACCUCAAGAUGGACCCAGAUCCAUUCGAUGAGAGGCAUCCAUCACGAACCGAUCCUGAGUGUAAUUUUGGUCACAUACUCAAGGUUUUGUUUCGUAAGGACAACUUUAUGACCAAGCUGAUAAACGACUACCUCCGAGACACCUACUGGUCUCGCGCAGGAAUCCAAGGUCGAGACGUUCGUAAACUGAACAUAGCAGCCUGCCGAUUGAUGCUGGACAUCCUCCCAGGUCUAGAAACCUCCGCAGUAUUCCAGCCGGACAUGGACGGCCUGAUCCACCGUCUCUUCACCUGGGCGGAGAAAUCCGUGGAGCCCCUCCAAAGUUACGCCACAGGGCUCCUCGCAGCAGCGAUGGAAGUCCAGGACAUAGCAACUGGUUUUCGCGAGCAGAACGGUCGAAUGGUCCCCCUGAUGCUCCAGCGCCUGCACAAGCUCCAGGAGAAGGCCCACGAGGACCGCCAGACAUCCUCCAACUCCCGUCCAUUCGCCCACUUCGGCCAGACACGAAACUCCUUCGGAGAUGGGGAGCACAAGGGGGUCCCAGGGAAGCGAAAAGUUCGUGACAAAAAGCGAGAGAAUGGAGUGGCCAAAAGCCCCAACGCCCUCUUCGGCUCUGAGGAGGAGGAGGCAGACAGUGCAGAGGAGACGCCCACUAAAAAGCUCAAAAGCGACCCAGAGGACCCCUCGACCUCAGUGAAACCCAUUUCCUACCCCGAGAUAAUGUCCCCACCCCAGUCGAUCCCAAAAUCCCAGAGUCACCCCAACAGCCAAACAACGCCUUCAAAACAGUCGACUCGAGCAACGCCUCCAAAAUUCACAGGGCCCUCUCGCUCGAGCGUCCCCAGAAGCCUCUCCCAGACCUCCUCGACCCCCUCGAUGCUCCUGGAAGGCAACUCCAACUCCUCCUGGGCAGAGCUCGAGUCCUACGUCAUUGGAAAUGUGCAGAUUCACCCACCAACCCUGGCCACUCGACAGAUGUUGAUCCUGAGAUAUUUAACACCGAUGGGAGAGUACCAGGAGUUCCUGGGCCACGUGUUCGAGCAGAGCGCCCUUGAGCUCAUCCUCAAGUACAUUAACGUCAGAGAAACCAAGGACAGUCGACUGGCCUUCGAGGCCCUGAAGUACCUAGCCUCCCUCCUCUGUCACAAAAAAUUCUCAAUAGAGUUUUUGAAUGUGGGAGGACUGCAGAAGCUGCUGGACGUACCGAGACCGAGUGUAGCUGCCACUGGGGUCUCCAUCUGCCUGUACUACCUGGCGUACUGCGAGGACGCCAUGGAGAGGGUGUGCCUCCUGCCGAAGCACAUAAUCUCUGAUCUAGUGACGUACGCUCUGUGGCUUCUGGAAAGAAGCCACGACUCUGGGAGAUGCCAUGCCACCAUGUUCUUUGGCUUUUCUUUUCCCUUCAAAGUCAUCCUCGAGGAGUUCGACGCCCAGGACGGUCUCAGAAAGCUCUACAACGUUAUAUCAACCCUCCCAAUUCUGAAUAUCGAGGAAGAGCCGACACUGAACGACGAUGAGGAGUGCGCAUCGAGGCAAAUAGUGAGGCACGUUGCAGUGGCUCUGAAAAGGUACAUGGAGGCUCACUUAUACCUGAAGGCUGAGCAGCUCCAGAGGAUGGAGAACGCCAAGGUCGAGAAGGACACCUGGCAGCCCUCAAUCCUCCCUUACAAAGCCUGCAAACUCUCCUCUGAGGAGGUCCAGUCGAAAGUGGAAAUCCUCCAGGAGCUGAUGAACUGCAGAGCCUCCUGGGCACCUGUGGAGGAGCUCCACAGACUGGGGGGCAUCACCCUCCUCCUCCAGAUCAUCGCUUUCGCACGUGAGUGGAACUACAACGGACGUGCCCACACGUCAUCCAGCGCUGAGACUGUUCGAUCGUGCCUGGAUGUCAUAGCCAUCUGUUCGGUUGUUCCUAAAGUCAUGCUGCUUUUGUGUGACAGAGUGGACAUGCCAGACAUGUCCAUGACGAUGGCGAUUAAUCUACUUCUGGCUGCUGCUGAGUGCGAGAUCAUUGCUGAUGCCGAUGUCCAGAGGGCUGCAUUGAGAGCUGUUGUCAACUGCGUAUGUGCACCCUUGAGCAGGGUAGGUGGAAAUCUAGCGAGAUUUUCUGUUGUUGGAUCUGCUAAGAAGAAAGCCAAUAUCCAGAACAGCGAGGAGAUCAUUCAGAAGGUCUGGGAGAGCGUCAGAUCGAACAAUGGGAUUAUGGUUUUACUUCAACUGAUGAUGGUGAAGACACCUAUCACAGAUGCCGACAGCAUAAGGGCUCUGGCUUGCAGGGCUCUGGCAGGAUUAGCAAGGAGUGAAAAGGUGAGGCAGAUCAUCUCGAAACUCCCGAUGUUCACCGAUGGGCAGAUCCAGGCGUUGAUGAAGGACCCCAUCCUCCAGGAGAAACGUCAGGAGCAUGUGACCUUUCAGAAGUACGCCUUGGAGCUGAUGGAGCGGGUCUCGGGGAAGGCAAAGCCCACUGGGGCUGAGUACGAGAUGUCCUUGGUCAGUCUCCAUCGUGCUAAUGUCGUGGCACAGACGAGGAUACAGUACAACGAGCAGCAGCUAAAUCAGCUGAUCUAUCAGCACUUGGUGUCCAAGGGGCUGACUGAGACUGCUGCGACCCUCCAACGAGAGGUCAACCUGGACUCUCACCCCAUUAUGAAGUCAGUGACUUGUUAUCAUCCUGUGACUUUCAGGAGUCCAGUGACUACCACACGCGCUGGAUUUUCCCCAGGAGCUCCAGUGAAUCUGUACAACACGAGCAGAUGCCCCAGAGAGGGCAACACUCGACCAAAUCCCCUGCAAACCCCGACAUCGUCGACUUCUCGAUUCAUCACUCACGUACCAAAUACAACUCCCACAGCCAGUCAGCCUUCGUCUAGAAUUAAAUUAUCAGAUUGUCUUAAUGCGAGUCCAGUUAAUAGUAAUAUUCAACCGAUGAAGCUGCAGAUUCAUCAGAAGAAACACAAUCAGCAGGAGAAACAUCAGACCUGCAGUUCAUUGUCCAGUUUGCAGACCAUUCUCCAGUCUCCCAGCACCUGCAGAUCACUGCAGAAACAAAUAUCGAGGGAUCCUGGUGGCGGUGGGGGGACACUGGCCACUGGAAACAUGUCGUCUAUCAUAAGUUUGGAUUCAAUUAUCACUGAGUACCUCACGAAUCAGCAUGCUCUCUGUAAGAACCCUAUGGUGACGUGUCCACAGUUUAAUCUGUUUGAGCCGCACAAGUGUCCUGAUCCCAGGGCGAAGAACUCAGCAGCCACCAACAUGACGAUGAGGGUCGCCAGGAGACAGCUGGGGAUCGAUGACAGGCGACUGGACAGAAGGCACAUCUACAGUAGAUUCUGCCCGGUCAAGUCGUUCCGUCCGGCUGACGUCGAGGGGACGUUCACCUGUUGCACUUUUACCCCUUGCCAGCAGUAUCUCAUGCUUGGUACUUACUCGGGGGAUGUUAAAAUGUAUAAUGCUAAUACUGGAAAUGAGGAGGCUACUUAUCAGUGUCACGAGUCCUACAUUUAUCACAUGGAGUGCAAUCGAAAGGGAAAUCUCAUGCUCACUUCGACUGCCUGGAGGAGCCCCAUGUCUGCGCUGUGGAGCAUUGGGGCCUUCUUCGAUAUGAAAAUGCCUUUUGAGAAUGAGGAUUACGUGGAGUUUAGCAAGAUGCAGGACAGGAUCAUUGGGACGCAGGGGGAGAGCGCUACGAUUUAUGAUAUUGCCAGUGGAAAGCUGUUGAACACGUUGACACCUUCCAUUUCGAAUCAGUAUACUAAGAAUAGGGCCACCUUCAGCAUGAAUGACGAGUUGGUGCUGAGUGAUGGGAUUUUGUGGGAUGUUAACUCUGGGAAGGAGAUUCAUAAGUUCGAUAAGUUGAAUCAGACACUCAAUGGGGUUUUCCAUCCCAAUGGGACGGAGGUGGUCUCCAAUACUGAGGUCUGGGACUUGAGGACUUUUCAUUUAUUGAAGACUGUGCCUGCACUGGAUCAGAUGAAUGUCAUUUUCUCGCCGAUUAAUCAUAUUAUUUAUGCGGUGUCGUUGGAUCAGGACACUGAGGACGAGUCGAAUUAUGUGACCUCGUUCAAGACACUGGAUGCGUUGGACUAUAGCAGUAUUGCUACUUAUGAUGUGAGGAGGUCCAUAUGCAGUCUGGCUUGUAAUAAAUAUGAUACGCAGAUUGCGAUUGUUGAGAAUCAGGGAGAGUAUGAUAGUGUUCAGGAGUCUUGUGUCAGACUGUAUGAUGUGGGGAGGAGGAGGGAUGAUGAGGAUGAGGCGGAGGAGGAGGAGGAGGAGGACAUGGAUGCUAGCGAUGAUGAUGGGUCGAACUCUGGAUCUGAUGACAAUAAUGAUGCAGAUGGUGAUAAUGCUGAUGCAAAUGGCGGGGACAAUGGUGAUGAUAUGAAUUUGAAUGAAGACAAUGGAGACGACGAUUCAAGCAUUGAUGGAGAUAAUUCAACGAAUGGCAGCGAUUACUCCCCCGACAUGGAUUUCUCCGGGGAAUAUUCCGACAUGGAUGAUUUUGAGAUACUCUUCUCGUGAAUCAAGGAUAAUAGAGGACGAAUCAAUGAAUAAGAACAUUUCACAUGAUUUUUGUUUCCAAAGAUGGAAAUUGGGAAAAUGUGGCCUGAUUAAUGAAGCUCAAUGGCUGUGUCUCUGAUUUUCCCUCAAUGUACUAUCCAAUGUGAACCAGUUGCCAGAUGUUUUCCUAUUUCGCCGGAUUGAUUGAUUUUUUUAUUUUGUUCGUUUCCCAUCGGGAUCGAGUGCAGAUGAGCAUUGUUACGAUAAAUGAACUUUUUUUCCCGGGGAAAAUGCAUUUUCAGGGGGUUUUCCUUUUCUCAUGAAAUCGGUGGAAUAAUCAAGAACGAUCAAGAAAAUGUAAGUGUAUAAAUUAAAUAA